AUGAAGUUCGCUUUCACCGUCUCUGCGCUCCUUGCGCUCGCUGCCUCGUCGCAAGCCAUUGAGUUCCAGAACCUUCAGCUCCGCCAAGGUGGUGAUGCCAACGCCAUCCUUCAGGGUCUUCGUGACAACAACCUCACCGCCUUUGCCAAUGUUCUCUCGCAGCAUCCUGCCGUCACUGAGCGCAUUCUUGCCGACAACUCGGAGAAGCUCCUUCUCGCUCCCACCGACGAGGCCAUCUCCAAGCUCCCUUCUUGGGUCACUUCCAACUCUUCCCGUCUUGAGGCUACUCUGCUCAACCACGUUCUCCGUGGGAACUUUGACACCAACAACCUCAACAGCUAUCCUUUGCACACCAUUGGUCACUCGCUCUUGAACAGCUCCGAAUUCUCGCAGCUUCCCGGCGGUGCUGGUCAGGCCGUUGCGCUUUCCAAGUCUGGUGACAACCGUUUCGUUGCUGAGGCCGUUAACAACGGUUCUUUCGCCGGCGAGAGCAAGAAGUUCGACACGCUCACCAUUCAGCCCAUCAAGCAGGCUAUCACUGUCCCUGGCACAGUCACUGAGACUCUCCGCUUCCUCGGCUACACUGGCAUUUCGACCUUGCUCGCCAAUGUCCAGAACGGUGCUCUUGCCCGCACCAUCGACUCGAUGCCCGGUGUCACCCUCUUCGUCCCUAGCAAUGAUGCUAUUCAGAAGUUCGUUGCUACUCAGCCUAACCCCACCGACAUCCCCACUGUUCUUGGUCAGCACAUUGUUGCUUCCCGAGUCCUCUACUCGCCCCUCCUCAUUGACCAGGGAGCUAUGAUCUCCUCCUCGGGCCAGGACAUCGUCUUUGACAACAACGCAGGUACCGUCAAAGUCGGCAACUUCACCGCAAAGAUCCUCCAGACCGACAUCAUUGCUCAGCAGGGUGUCAUUCAUCGGAUUGACAACGUUCUCGCCUCUACCUCUCUCGACACUGGCCGUGCUUCCCAGGCCCAACAGUCCGCCCAGGAAUCUGUUGAUGCUGAGCGAGCCCAGUCCCUCUCUGGCCCUGUUAAUGGCAAGAACGCUAUCACUUCCCAGGGUAACAACAUCCCCGCCAUUCAACAGGGUUCGGGCGCCAACAACCGCUCGGCCAACGACAACACCGACACCGCUGGCACGGGUCAGAACGAGUCUGCUAUCGGCAACGGUACCAACGGUAACAACAGUGGCGCUUUGCAGGCUGGUACCAGCAGCAACGGCAACGGCAGCAACGGCAACGGUAGCAACAUCGACCACCGUAACCAGAACGGCGCUGUUGCUAGUGUUCGCAGCUCGUCGCUUGUCGGCUCGGCUGUUUUGCUCUCUUCUGUUCUUGCGAUCGCUCUCUAA